ACUUAGAUGUAACAGUUUUACAAUAGUAAGCAGAGUUGAGUAAAACUGUGGCUGAGACCCCUUUUGAAUUACAAAGCCCUUUGCGGCAGCUUCCAGUUAGGCUGGAGCAUUUUUGAUUCAUGGUGAGAAAACAUGGUUUUUAAAAUAUUUUACAGCCACAUUAUAGUCAAAAAGCGGAAAUUAUGUAUCAAAGAAGUAUUACUUAUCCGAUGGCCGUCAAUUUACUCAGAUAAUGAAAAGAAAUACGCUGAUGAGACUUAUGAUCUUCUGCAACAAAAUGGAGGAGAUGUAGGUGAGCUAACGCCCGAAAAAGAAAAAAAACUUGUUAGGAAACUAUGGUUAACUAUUGUUCCAACUGUCUUCAUUGUUAAUGCAACACUAUUUGUUGAUAAAGAUGCUAUCAGUUAUUCAUCAUUAUUAGGUGUUUUCCAUGAUAUGGGUAUCAACAAAGCUAAGUAUAAUAACAUUCAAACAUUUUUCUAUGUCGGCUAUUUGGUAGGACAGAUUCCUUCUCAUUUGCUAUUCCGAAAAAUUCCGAUUUCCAAGUAUAUCACACUAGCGACUGCAGGCUGGGCUUUGAUUUCAUUCUGCAGUCUUGGAUGUAAAAGUUAUGCAGGUAUGUCUGUUUUAAGAUUUUUUUUGGGAGUUGUUGAGUCUGGUAUUACACCCUGUAUCGAACAUACGAUAAGUAUGUUCUUCACUAUUGAGGAGCAAGCUUACGUCAACCCAACUUUUUGGAUCUCUUGCCUAGGAAUCGAUGUUCCUACAGGUUUCAUUGCAUAUGGUCUUCAGUUCACCACUAAGUGGAGACCAUGGGAAUGGUAUUGGCUCUUUGUUUCAAUAUUAUCCACACUGGUAUGCAUUCUCAGCUAUUUCUUUUAUCCCGAUAAUCCAGCCACUUCCGUAUUUUUCACGACAGAAGAGAAAAUUCAUAUCAUUAGAAGAAUCAAAAAGGCAUCAAAGUCAGCCAUUGAGCAAAAGGUUUUCAAAAAAUACCAAUUUAUUGAAGCUAUCAAAGAUCCAAUCAGCUGGCUGUUUUUCUUAUUUUGUAUAAUGGACAUGCUUGAAAACGCAACAACUUAUCAAGCUUCAAUAAUAUACACUUCUUUAGGUUUCAGCGGUCUAACAAGUACUCUACUAAUGGUAGUUCAAAACGGGUUUUCAACUUUCUGUGGAAUUUGUGGCUCACUUGCAUUAUACACUUUCAAGAAGCAAUCGUGUAUAGUUGGAGCCAUUUUUAUGGUUCCAGCUUUUGUUGGUGCUAUCAUAGCCAUUUCAAUUUCGUACGAGAAUAAAGCCGGUUUGUUGGCAGGCAUUUUUAUGACACGUACAAAUGGUACAGCGUAUAUAAUUGGAUUAUCAUUGUCCCAGGCAACAGCAGCAGGAUACACCAAACGUUUGACCAGAACAGUAAUGUUUAUGCUUGCUUACGGUAUUGGUAACAUUGUUUCACCUCAGAUGUGGAGACCUCAGUACUCGCCAAGAUAUCGUUUACCAUGGAUUAUUCAAAUUGUGUUUAGUUGGUUUUUAGCUCCGGGGGUUUUGCUUUUAAUUAGGUUUAUCUUAAGCAGGAGGAACAAAGAGAAAUUAACGUUAUUAAAAGAAGGUACUAUUGAUGAGUUGGACUAUGGCUACAUUGAUAGUGUGGAUGAUGAAGGAACUACUGUUAAGAAGAAAGUAGACGUAUCUAUGCUUGACUUAACUGAUUUAGAGAACUUGAGAUUUAUUUAUCCUUUAUAAACAUAAAUGUUCUACUCAUUUUUACCUACAAAUCUGCUUGAUAAAAUAUAAACCUUAUUAAGUGUUAUUACAGUAUGUGUCUUUGGUAAGUUUAGGCCGAAAUUAAGCGAAAUGUUUAUUUUCAAACAACAGCAUAGUGAUUUGGGGUUUUGUGAAAAAAUAAACGUUCUUCUCGAUAGAGCCAGAUACCACAUUUGCUCUUGUUUUAAAAUGUCUUAAAGCAGAUAAAUUCUUUUGCUUCUCGACAUAUUUUAGAACACUGGCCUUUUAAAACUGGAGAAAAAAAAUGAUGCAUUUUCUUUUUUUGCUGCCUAAGUCAAUUUUUCUUCUAUCCUU